UGUGGUGAUUGCGCUCUGAAAAAACAGUUUUCAAAAUGAUAAAACAGUUGUUCCUAGUGAUCUCAUUCUUGUACUUUGUGUACUCUGCUCCGCAGGCGGAGAAAUAUGAGGCGUAUCAAUAUCAGUAUGAAGUUAAGGAUCCGGAAAAGAAGCUUUUCUUCGAUAAAAACGAAGCUGGAGAUGCUGGUGGCAAGGUCACUGGGAAGUAUUCGGUCUGGUUGCCGGACGGGCGGCUCAUGACGGUCAAGUACAACGUGGACAAGGAAAGUGGCUUCGUAUCCGAUGUUGACUUCCAGGACAACGCAAAUCCUUUAUCGGGUUAAACCUGACUGCAUGGCAUACCGGCACACGGAUAACGAAACGGGCGAAGUGUUUAAUUACAUAUCAUAUCAAUAUUAACUUUAAAA